UUUUUUUUUUUUUUCUCUCUCUCCGGCGUUUACCAGUCCAAUUCAGUCCAUGUUUCCUCAAUCUUGGAGGCUGAUUCAAUCUUUCAAUUCCUAAUUCCAUCAAUUUUUGUAGUUUUUCCUUCCUGAAAUCGUUGAUUUCUUGUUGUUGCCGGCGGUGAGGGGAUAGUUUAAUGGGCUAGAGUCUCGAUGCAUCGUCUGCCUCAGUUUCUCUCUCCUGGGAAACGAAAAAAAGCUAUGGAUUCGAGAAAAAACGCAGGUAAACCCAAGCUUGGCCGACUUAAUGCGGCGAAGAACAUCGAUUAUGACGCUCCUUCCUCGUCUUCUUCGCUCGAAGAUUCUUCUGGAUCUCUUUACACUCGGUCCAUGGACACGCCGGAUGCCUCCAGCUUUCGGAUUCAAGGGAUCGACGGUGAAAUUGAUUUCAUCUGUCGGACUUUAGGGCUAAACGGUCCCGAAGACUUUGGGAUUCCGAUGGAGGCUUGGGAGGCUAGAAAGCUUCGUUCAUCUUCCGAGCUUCUACCGAAGUCGAGAUUGCAUCCUAUGGAUAGCCCGAAGAGCGAGGAAGUUAGUAUGGAGAAGGAAGAUAAAGAAAUCGAAGAUGAAUUGUGCCUUAGGGUUAAGGAUUCAGUUCGAAUUAGCGUUGAGCAAUCGACGGCUAAGACCGAAUCUCUCGAGUGGAAUGAAAGCCGUAUGGCUACUACUGUUGAAUGUAGCCCGAGAAGUGGAAUCAAUGGUGCUCGGCCUCCCUUACUCAAGCCGCCGCCGCCUAUGGAUGUCGAUAAUACUUGGGACAUUUUGAAAACCUUUGCUCCUUUAGUUGACGAAGUAAAUCGCGAUGAAGUUCAAAAAGGAAUCGAACCUUUUGUCGAAGGAGAAGGAGAGGGAAAUAUUGUCGGGCCUGUGGAGAAUUCACCGCUCGUUCGGUCUUGGUGUUCUUUCACAACCUCGAAUGAUGAUGACUGUUCGAGCUGCACUACAGAGCCUGCAAAUAUUUCACCCAAUAUGAGAUGUAAACCCAUCAUCACGACUUGGGUAAAAGGAAAACGUCUAGGGAGCGGUUCAUUUGGAUCUGUGUAUGAAGCAAUGUCACAGAGUGGGGCCUUCUUUGCAGUCAAGGAAGUAUCACUGCUCGAUGAAGAUAGUCAGGGAAGACAAAGUAUCUAUCAACUUCAGCAGGAGAUAGCUCUUCUAAGUGAGUUCGAGCACGAGAACAUAGUUCAGUACUAUGGCACCGACACGGAGCCGGAUGGGUCAAAACUCUAUAUCUUCCUUGAGCUUGUAUCUCAGGGCUCCCUUAUGAGCCUAUAUCAGAGGGUUGUCCUUACGGAUUCCAUUGUUUCCGCCUAUACAAGGCAGAUUCUGUGUGGUUUAAAGUAUCUUCAUGAGCAAAAUGUGGUUCACAGGGAUAUUAAAUGUGCUAAUAUAUUGGUGGAUGUGAGUGGAUCUGUGAAGCUUGCAGAUUUUGGUUUGGCGAAGGCAACAAAAUUGAACGACGUUAAAUCUUGUAAGGGAACUCCGUUCUGGAUGGCACCUGAGGUGGUUAAUAGGAAGGGCCAGGGCUACGGUCUUCCAGCUGAUAUCUGGAGCCUUGGGUGCACAGUAUUGGAAAUGUUAACCCAGAAGCUUCCGUACUCGGAAUUCGAAAAUCAUAUGCAGGCCCUAUAUCAGAUUGGAAAAGGCAGACUACCGGCGAUUCCCGACUCUCUCUCAGACGAUGGGCGGGAUUUCAUUCUGCAGUGCCUUAAAGUUAAUCCAAACGAUCGUCUUACUGCAGCUGAUCUUUUAAAUCACCCGUUUGUUAAAAGACCAGCUUCCAGUUCAUCAGGGUCAGCAUCUCCUUACUACAGGCCAGGCAGAAGAAUUUGACCUGAAAAGUGAGAUUUGUAAGAUUCUGGAGUCGAAAAUAGGCAUACACGUCAACCGACUUGGUUACAUCCUGUAGUUGAACGGCUUGCUGAGAACCAAGACCAAGUUCUGGUUCUUCGCACAAUCUCGGCUGUAAAAGUUCGACUCCGGCACAUUUUUCUGUAAUUAUUGGAUUUCUAGAAUAGAUAUUGAUGUACGCAGCAGAGGGUAACUAGUUUGUGUGCCACUGAUACAAGAACAGUUAAAUGGAAGUGCUUCUAGUUAUUGUGUGUUUAGUUAGUUGGGUAGCUAAGAAUAGAGAACAAGAGAGAACAAGAACAAGAAGAAUGAAAUUUGCUGAUUCAGGUUGUGAUUGGUAUUAUUAUUGUGCUUAGCUACUUGGGUGAUUCAGGCCUAGCUGUGUUUUUGUAACUAUACAAAAGAAGGAACAUUCACGCUGCUUGUAAAAAUUAAUUAUAUAUAGAUAAGGCAGUCUCUUGGGUGUUUUCUUUCUUCAA